AUGGACUAUGUAAAGAAAGGGGAGUGGUCUCCCGAGGAAGACCAAAAAUUGAUCGCUUAUAUCAAGAGAUAUGGCAUUUGGAAUUGGACCCAAAUGCCCAAAUAUGCAGGGCUAUCAAGAACUGGAAAGAGUUGCAGACUACGAUGGGUCAACUACCUGAGGCCUGAUUUAAAGAGAGGACCUUUUAGCAUGGAGGAGAUGGAAACUGUGAUCAGAAUGUAUCAAUCGUUUGGUAGCAGGUGGUCAGUUAUAGCUAAAGAACUUCCUGGAAGGACUGAUAACCAAAUCAAGAAUUUCUACCAUACACAUUUAAAGAAGCAGCUAGGGACAAAGGUUAAUCAUGUUCAAGAGAAACCUAAGGCAAGCUCCAAAAAAGCCAAGAAAGCUAAACAAAUGAAGAUGGGUCAGAAGAAGCCUUUAUUAGCUAAUAGUAGUCCUCAUGAAUCUUUUGAUUUCGCCAAGUCCUUGGCCAGCAACAUCACAUUUGACCCAGACAGCUAUGUACGUAGUUCAAUUGUCAAUGAUCAACAAGUUCCAACUGAAAACAUAGUUAUAGUGGAGAGUAAUCCAGACACAUCUGCAAAUCUUGAUUUUUACAUACAAGAUACUAUCAUGGAUCAUGUGAAUGUUCAUUCAACUAAUGUGGAUUUCUGGUUUGAGCUAUAUAUGGCAGCAGAAAAUGUGAAGAUCUAG